GACGCGAGCCGCGGCGGGCGCCCGAGCUUUGUGUGUGCCCGCGGGCCCGGGGCGAGCCUGGGGCGGUCCAACUUUGCGGCUCCUGGCCGGCUCCCAGGCGGGAGUUGUGAGGCGUGGCUUGGUGGAGAAGGCAACCGGCGUUGGGGGGCGGGGGGGCCGUGAGGCUCCCCGGUAGGCGGGAGGGAUCGAGCGAGCCGCUCUGGACAAUGAGCUGGGCAGCUCGACGCUGUGGCCACUUUUAGUGGGGGCGCGGGCCGGUCGGCGCCUCGGCUGCUCAGAGGCCCCCACCUGCGAGGAGAGGGCGGGAUGCCAGAGCCAGGUGUCCCGGCGCUGUGAGGCCCCUCACGGUCAGACGUCCCUGUACUUGAUUCUCGCAUUGACGUUAGGCUACCGAGAGGUUGUGGCUGGGACGUUUUUUUGUGGGGAGCCCUUGGAGCAGCCGCGAUGGCCAGCACCAGGAGUAUUGAGCUGGAGCACUUUGAGGAACGGGACAAAAGGCCGCGACCAGGGUCGCGGAGAGGGGCGCCCAGCUCCUCAGGAGGCAGCAGCAGUUCGGGCCCCAAGGGGAACGGGCUCAUUCCCAGCCCCGCGCAUAGUGCCCACUGCAGCUUCUACCGCACGCGGACCCUGCAAGCUCUGAGCUCGGAGAAGAAGGCCAAGAAGGCACGCUUCUACCGGAAUGGGGACCGCUACUUCAAGGGCCUGGUGUUUGCCAUCUCCAGCGACCGCUUCCGGUCCUUCGAUGCCCUGCUCAUCGAGCUCACCCGCUCCCUGUCGGACAACGUGAACCUGCCCCAGGGCGUCCGCACCAUCUAUACCAUCGAUGGCAGUCGGAAGAUCUCCAGCCUGGACGAGCUGCUGGAAGGUGAGAGUUACGUGUGUGCAUCAAACGAACCAUUUCGUAAAGUUGAUUACACCAAAAAUAUUAAUCCGAACUGGUCUGUGAACAUCAAGGGUGGGACAUCCCGAGCCUUGGCUGCUCCCCCCUCGGUGAAAAGUGAAGUGAAGGAAAGUAAAGAUUUCAUCAAACCGAAAUUGGUGACCGUGAUUCGAAGUGGAGUGAAGCCUAGAAAAGCCGUGAGGAUCCUUCUAAAUAAGAAGACUGCUCAUUCAUUUGAACAGGUCUUGACAGAUAUCACCGAAGCCAUUAAACUAGAUUCAGGAGUGGUCAAGAGGCUCUGCACGCUGGACGGAAAGCAGGUUACUUGUCUGCAAGACUUUUUUGGUGAUGAUGAUGUUUUUAUUGCUUGUGGACCUGAAAAAUUCCGUUAUGCCCAAGAUGACUUUGUCCUGGAUCACAGUGAAUGUCGUGUCUUGAAGUCAUCUUAUUCUCGCUCCUCAGCUGUUAAGUAUUCUGGAUCUAAAAGCCCUGGGCCCUCCCGACGCAGCAAAUCACCAGCCUCAGUUAAGAGGGGUGGCCAUCACUCCAGUGCCUACUCUGCAGCCAGAUCCCCAGUUAAUGGAACUCCCAGCAGCCAGCUGUCUACUCCUAAGUCAACGAAAUCCUCCAGCUCUUCCCCAACUAGCCCAGGAAGUUUCAGAGGAUUAAAGCAGAUUUCUGCACACGGCAGAUCUUCUUCGAAUGUAAAUGGUGGACCUGAACUUGGUCGUUGCAUGAGUCCUGAAGGUGUGAAUGGAAACAGGUGCUCUGAAUCAUCAACUCUUCUUGAGAAAUACAAAAUUGGGAAGGUUAUUGGUGAUGGGAAUUUUGCAGUAGUCAAGGAGUGCAUGGACAGGUCCACUGGAAAGGAAUUUGCCCUGAAGAUUAUAGACAAAGCCAAAUGUUGUGGAAAGGGUAUGAAGCUCUGAGCUUUCUGUUAUGGUGCCGCAUCCUUCGCUUGGGGACGCAUCCUUCACUUCCCACAGUUAUGUAUUCAUUAUCUACAUGUAAUGGAACCUAGUGCAACGUAAACCCAAAUGUAUAUUAUAUUAGCUUCCUGAGACUGUUGGAAUAAAUUACCACAAACUUGGUGGCUUAUAACAGCAGGAAUUUAUUCUCUCACAGUUCUGGAGGCCAGAAGUCUGAAAUCCAUGCUCCCUUUGGUGCUCUAGAGGAAAAUCUGUUCUUUGAGUAGCUUCUGGUGGCUGAUGGCAUUCCUUGGCUUGUGGCCACGUCGCUCCAACCUCUGCCUCUUGUCUUCACAUCACUUUCUCUUCUAUGUGUUUAUUUUACCUCUUCUGUUUGUGAAAUCUCCCUCUGUUUCCCUUCAUAAGGACAAUUGUGAUGGUGCCCAGAUAGUCCAGAGUUAUUUCCUCAUUGCAGAAUCCUUAAUCAUAUCUGCAAAGACCCUUUCUCCAAAUAAGGUACUAUUUACAAGUUCCAGGGGUUAGGCCUUGGUAUCUGUGGGUGGCCAUCAUUCAAUCCACUCCAUACAUCUACCACGGAAAUCACAUGGGGUGAUCUGAACAUUUUCUCUCUCUUACUGUAUUAUCCUCAGCAAUACUCAUUAAGCAGUGUGGAUACCACCUGGAAAGUCACCGUUGGCCAAGAGCAAUGUGCAAUGUGCUUAUUCACUCAGGCAUUUCACAACUAUGCUCAUUGCUGGAGAGGAUGAGAGGAGUGGUUGGAACAGUGGGAACUGAGGAAAGUAAGAACAGUGCCUCACUCAGCCAUGGUUGAGUAGGGGAGUCUAUUUAGAGGAGGAGAGGCCCAAUCUAGACCUGAGGAAUACAUAGGAGUUCCCCCGAGGAGUGGAGGAGGUGGGUGGGAAUUCCAGACAGAGAGAACUUUUGCAAAUUUCUAGAGGUCCAAGUGAGAGAUUGGUAAUAGGGAUAGAGGUGAAACGAUGGAUUCAGAGGCUGUUGAGAAGGUCUCCUGGCAGGGAUUUGGGAUUGAGGGGCUGUUGGUAGCAGAUGAGGGAAGGGCUUGGGGAUUCCUGUCUGACUUGGACAGCCAAGUUCAUUCAGUGAGACGGAAGGCACAGGAGGAAAGGGCUGCUUUGUGGGGCUGGGGUGGGUGGAGACAAGAUGAUGAGUCUGGUUUGGGAGAGUCGUUUAUUCCCUAAUCCCUUUCUCUUUCCACCCCCCACUCCCCCUUUUAUACAUUAAAAACCACCACAGCCAAAGAUAAGGUGGUGUCCUCUGCCAAGUUAGCAGUUUUCUUUGUUAUUUACUCUCACUCAGAACCAUGGACCACUGCCAUGAAAUGAUUCAUAUGUAAAUUAUUUGGAGUUACAAUCCUGAAUCACUUAACAUGAAUAAUGGUAGAUGGCUGAAUAAUGUAAGUUCACUGCAGUUCAAGAUAAAAGUGACGUUCAUAUUGCAUUCAGAGAUUUUUUUUCUGACAAAUGUAAUCUAUAGAGUUUACAUAUUAGAAACAAAGAUUACAUGUGGGUUGCCCAAGAAAUAGGAAGAUGACAUUUGGAAAGAUUUUUAUGGACUACUUUUGUUUUGCUUCCGAUAAUGAUUAGUUUAAAAAGUGGAUUGUUCCUUCCCAGACAAUUUUACAGGCAUAGUUCAGAGGUUGGAAGACAAAGGCUAACAUCUCCCACAUUCCAACAGAAACAUUCACUGUGUGCUUAGAAUACAAGCCAUUGUGGAGGAGAGUACUGAAGCUGAGAUAACACACAGUGGUGGAGAAAAUGUUGCAGGACCUGCUCAGUGUUUCCAGUGUAACACUGCCGGUGGUCCUGGGGGAGGUUCCAUGAUGCAGAAAGUUCCCAAGAAGACUUUCUCUUGAGCCCUUUAUUGAAAAAGAUAACUUUUGAAAGGUGUAGUCUCCUUAGGUGGUAGACAUCUUAUUUUAACUCCAGUUUGAGAGAGCUCCUGGGGUACUGGUAAUGGGGAUUACCUUACAUAUGUCACUCUAAAUUAGCAUCACUAACAGAGCCUCUGAAUAGAGGUAAAUUACAGACUCUUCCAACUUCAGAGAAGAACUGAAGUGAUAGAUCCAUUUAGCCUGAAAACAAAAUGCCUCUUUUACUGCGGUGGUAGUAACUCCUGUCAUCUUGGCUUCAUGUAGAGUGAAUUAAGUGCAUUUGCUCACCUUUGCAUGUUCACAAAAGUACAUCUAACUCUGCUUGUUAGUGCAAUAAAAGACAAGCCUGGCACAGAUGAUCCAGAGGCCUCUAAGUAAGUGAACAAAUGUGGAGUGUUUGCUGAGUCUUUGUUUCUGUGUCCACAAGGAGUUGGCUGAGGGACCAGGGCACUGUCUGCUGCUUUGUGCUGUGGCUCUGUAACUUAGACAUAGGAGUUUGGAAACAGGUAGGUGGCCCUGUCCCCACCCUCCCAGCCAUGGUGUGCUAGGGUCUGAGAACCGCCACUCUUCCCGGAGAUUUGGGAGCAUUUGCUGAGUCUCAGGCUGGGCACAGACUUCUCACCCCUGCUCAUUAAGGGGUAUAGAUUCUCCUCCCUGCACAAAGUCUAGUGUGGUUCUGAGUUACACCGCAACUCAGUGUAAUACACCUCUAGUUUCUAUCUUUUCAAGGAAUCAAGUAUUUUCAGCUUUACAGCUGUCAUUUUCACUUUGAAAAAUUCUUUUUACUGAAGGAUUCCUCUUUAAAAGGUUAGAUAUUGUGGAGCAGCUGGGUGGCUCAGUGGGUUGAGUGUCCGACUCUUGAUCUCAGCUCAGGUCUUGAUCUCAGGGUUGUGAGUUCAAGCCCCACCUUGGGCUCUGCACUGUGCAUAAAGUCUACUUAAAAUAAUAGUAAUAAUUAAAAAAAAACAAGGUGAUGUUGUGUAGCACAAAAAAUGUGAGCUUGGAUGUCAGAAACCUAGGUUUGCAUUUACUUCAAAAGGCUGUUCAAAGGAUAAAGUGUUAAGACAUUACACAAGUACUUCGCAAAGCGACUGACAAAUAGUGACUAGAUUCCUAGUAAAUGUUGCUUCUUUUCCUACUUCUGUUUAGCAUUUGCACUGUCAUUUGCCAACACGGACUGAGUGAUUACUUGGACAAGCACGGGGCAUUCAAUGCUCAGGAAACGCUCCACAUGUGUGGGAGCUAGCACAGAUAUUCUGUGGAUGCUAUUCUUUUGUUAUAAUGUGUACUUCAUCUAUUGUCAGAGUAUUUGAGGUGGCUUAGAGUAAAAUGAUAUGUACACAUGGAUGCGUGAAGAUAAGACAAGAACCUAAAUGAUAUCUUGACCUAGAGAUAAUUCUCUUACUGCAGUGGACACUAAAUUUGGUUCUGAGAUUCAUGAUAGCAAAGGCAAAAGGGACGAUAUGAGGGACAUACACACACAUAUGGGUGUAUACAUAUGUGUGCAUGUAGGUAGCAAAUGAUAUCUCUUAAACAGUAAGCUUUAGGUAUAAGUUACAUUUGAAAACCUAGAAUGUGUCAGAGGGCAGUUAGUUAAUUUCACAGAGCAUAUCCUAAAUUCAAAGUAAUUCAUUAUUAUAGCUACUGAGGACCAACAAAUGUGAUAUUAUUGAAAUAUUUUCAUGUCUCAUAAUAAAGUAGAGCAAUAGUUAUACAUGAUUCAUGGUUGGUAUAUCGAGAAUAAUUCCUUAAUGCUGUGGGUAAACAUUUUUGCUACAGUUGCUGAUCCUGGCUGCAUGACUCACAAGGAUUGAUAAGUAGUAUUUUCAGGCAAGUGGUUAGAAAUAAAAUGAGAACCGUGGUCCCUAUGGUACUCUGUUUUCUGAUUUCUGAAAUACAAGAUAAUAAGGAACAUCCUUCUGGGGAAUGAUUCUAUAUCCAGCCAUAGAGGAAAAACUUUUUUUUUCCCCUUUGUAAAUUUCAACAUGAAACUCAAAUUCAUAUUAGUAAUGGUUUAAAAACAACAAAAAAUUUAAUGCUCAAGUUGUGUUCCAUACACAUGCAAAUUUCCUUGUAUACUUGAUCUUAAUUUUGAGUGUUACAUUCACAUUAAAAAAGUGGUUCCAUAUGAAUCACAAAGCACAGUGCUGUGUGCCCAGGCUGCCAGUGUCAUGACCUCUUAAGGUGUUGAAGAGAUAAGAAGGCAGUAUGUUUUAUGUGCCAGGACAACACCAUUGAGCCCUUUCAAGGGACGUUUUGAAGAUAAUCAGUUCCUUUUUGUUGGUGACAAUGACACGUCACACUGACUUGUCCUGUCCCUAUGGAAACCAGCUUGGCCAGGGUUUGGUUUGCUUUGCGCCAAGGGGGAUGCUUCCCGUCUGCAGACUAUACACCCUCCAGGUUAUAGAAAUCAGGCAGAUGGUUCUGUGGUGUCUGAUCCACCUCU